CCAGAGGGGCCGCUUCCGCCGGAAGUGGCGCUGGAGGGCGGCGAUGGCGGCCCGAGUCCUCCUGCAGCAGUGUCUUUCGGCUGAACUGCAGGUGAAAGCCGAGGCGGCGGCGGCGGCGGCGGAUAGCGCGGCCGCUCAGCGGGUCCAGAUUCAAAGAGGAAUGGUGAUAUAUAUUUGCUUUUAUAAAGGUGCUACUUCUGAAGUAAUUCCCAAAAUAAUUACAUCAUUAUUGAAUGUGAAUCUGUGUGAGACCAAUGAAGGCAAUUAUGUAUCAGUACUGGAUCUCCCUGCGAAUCUGCUGAUCAUUCCUCAGGCUACCCUGGGUGGCAAAUCCAAAGGACGCAGCAUGCAGUACCAUAACAACAUUGGAAAAGAGGAAGGAAAAGUGCUUUAUGCUCAAUUUGUGGAUCAAUGUGAAAAAGCCCUGGCCGUGAACAGUAACUGUACUGAAGCUGGAGUUGUGGUCAGACAUGGAACCUAUGGGAACAGACAAGUGUUAAAAAUGGACACUAAUGGACCAUAUACACACUUGAUUGAAUUUUAACAAUCAUAAUGAUGUGUAAAUACACUUCCUUUAACAGUGUUUUUUCCAAUAUUGGAAAAAUUGCCUUGAAAUGACAAAAUGUAAUGUAAUUUUUUUUCACUGACGCAGCACAAUGAGAGAGAAUGUGAAACACAGCUGAGAAUGGGGCGGACUGCGGGGAAGAAAAUGAGAUAAUAAAAGCAAUUUUUAAAAAAAUCAA